UAGUUAUGGCAUCGCACAAUUUUUAAUUGCCAAUCUAUAUAAGGUUUCGAUAUGGGAUUUUUUCCAUUUUUCUCUCCAUAUUGUCUUUAUUUUCUCAAUCAGAUUGCAUGUUUACUUUCUAUGUUUUCUGUUUUGGUCAAUUCAUACGCCUGGAUAAUGUUUUCAGGCAGUUAAAGUCAUCCGACUGGUACAAAAAAGUAGACAGAAAUCUGUUGUGAGCAUGUUGUGUGUUGUGAGCCAUGGCAUGAAACUAAGAUUUACCGUGUAAGUUUUUAAAAAAAUCAAUGCGCAUGUUCAGUUGCCAAGCCAGUAACAAAACAAAAAAGAAAAGAUGGAACUGAUUCAUGGUCCAGAGUCCACCAGUCCUGUUGGUUUUCACAGUGGCUAUAGUUUUGGAAGUUUAGACAGGUUACUGUCUACUUUUGUCGCACCACUCUGGUGUAUUAAAAACAGAAACCAGACCAGUCUACAACGAAAGGAUCUCAGCCUUUAUUACCCUUUAAAGAAAAUCCUCCAGGGGUAUGAAUCUACCAAAUGAAAAAAAAUGGGCCUACAUGUACAAGUAUGUUAUUGUAUGUGUGUACCCACUGAGCUAUCCCUAUUUCAUGAUGGUAAGUGGAAAUUGAAACCUAGAUUGACCGUGACGAUUGUGCAGUGCUGAUUUGGGAAAGGACACUUCACAAUUAAAACUAUGGAAAUUUGGAAGUCGCAUUAUGUUUACCAUAACUACAUGUACAGUGUUACUGCGUCUUUCACUCUCGAGACUCAAAUUUUUAACCAUUGCCCUAUCAGGUCAAGCAGGUUCAAAGUUUACAGUUCAACAAUGGCCACACUAGCGGAGCAGAGGUUCACUGCUCUGCGUAAGCGUCUGGACCAGCUGGGCUACCGUCAAGCCUUAGGAAUCGAAUCUCUCCCCCUCGUGGAGAAACUCUUCAAUGAUUUGGUGCAUACAACCAGCAGCUUGAAGAAUGCCAAACUGCAGGCCAGCCGUGCCACUGAUGAGAAAACUCCAGUCUGCACGGACGAGGCGUACCGCAGUGACAACGCCAAGCUGGUGCGGGAGAACAACGAUCUCCACCUGCAGCUCAUCAAGCUCAAGGAGGAGAGCGAGGCCACCAUCAAGGACCUCAAGGCAGCCGUGCGCAAGCUGGAGCAUGAGAAUGCCGACCUACGCUUCCUCAACUCCCAGUUUGUGCACAAGGUGCGGGCGCUGGAGAAGGAGGCCAAGGCGAAGGGAGACCGCAUCAGCCAGCUGCAGGAGAAGAACUUCCAGGCAGUGGUGCAGACACCAGGUGGCCGCAAGCGGCACAUCCCCUUCCGCCGUCAGAGAAUGGACAUUGACAGCACCGUGCCUGAAGAUGGUCCCCGUCCAUCUCUUCAGGCCGAGAGGCAGGUUGCUGGCUUCAGCCCGGCUGACCCUUAUAUAGCUGACCUGGUCAAGAUUGCAGAUAACAGGGCGGAGACUCUACAGCAGGAGGUGGAGAGGCUGAGGGAAAAAGAGGAGAGGAACGAGAAGACAAUCAGGAGGCUGACUAAGCAGGUUGAAACACGGGACAACGAGAUGAACCGUCUGUCACGGCAGCUGGAAGGAGGCCGCCCUUUUGACGUUGUGUCCACAGAGGCAAAGAACAGGAGCAAUGAAAGGCUUAUAUCUCAUCUGAAUGUACAGAUUGACUACCUACAACAAGCCAACCGGGAUGCUGAGCGGCGCCUUCGCGAAGCCUCCAUCGCCCGCGACAACGCCGACCAGAAAGCCCUGGAGCUCAGCCGGAAGAACGAGGAGCUGGCCGAGGAGCUGCGUAGUGUGGACCGGCUGGCCCACCGGCUGAAGGCCGACAAGGACAGCGUGAUCCGGGCGGCCGACCAGGACGUGAUCGAGGCCAAGGUGGAGCUGCAGGAGACUUCGCGGGAGGUGGAGGUGCUGGAUCGGGAGCUAGAGCAGCUGAAACAGGACAAUAAGAGUCUGGUUGCUGACAUUGAUCAGGUCAAUCUGGAGCUUUCACUUCAGAAACAGGAAACUGAAAGAGUGCAAGAUCUGUUAGUGAGGGUCCAAGAUGACAAGAGGUGGUUGAGUGACAAAGUCAACAGGCUCACGUCAAAUGAGAGAGAACUUGUUCUAGAACUUGAACGGAUCAGAAACAAAGCUGGUGGCAAGGCCAAGACCAAAUCCCCCACCAAGAUGGACACCUACCUCAAGAGCCUUGAGGAGGAGCGGAAUUACUACAAGGGGGAGGUGGAUGUCCUGAACAAAGUGCUGAAGGGGCAGCACCUAUCCCUGUCUGUUUCCAGAGACCGGAGUCCGACCAGGUCCGGACGAGGAACCAGUCCGUCAAGGACACCCAGCAAGAUGGACAAGAAGUCUGCCUCUCACUAUGAGGCCAUCAUACGUGUGCUGGAAGAUGAGAGGGAUUUUUACAAGCGCGAGUAUGACACUCUCAGGGUGAUCCGCUCGUCCAGCAGUCCCAAGAAAUCCAGCAUGUCUCCCGCAGCAAGGGACAGGAGUGUAGCCGAGGAUACUGAGAUUAUCAAAUUGAGAAGAGAGCGCGAUGAGCUACAAUCACUCCUGGACAAGUUUGAGAGGCACCUUGCUGAGAUUCAAGCAAAUGUUAAAGUCCUGACAAACGAGAGAGACAAGACAAAUAUUUUGUAUGAACAGGCAAACAGCGAACUGCAACGACUGCGGCGAGAAGCAGUUAAGUCGCCCAAGACAUCCAGAGCCUCCGUGGCAGCUCAGUCCAUCCUGCAGCGGGUGGAGCUGGAGAGGGAUGAGGCCCUGGCUGACCUGAGAAGGAUGGUGACCGAGAGGGACAGCCUCAGAGAGAGAUUAAAGAUUUCCACGGACACUCAUUUGAAUGAAAAGGCGCGUCUUGAGCAGAAAGUUGAAGACUUGGAAAAAGCUGUUGAACAUGCUGAGCAGGACCGCAGUAGCCUCCAAUCCAGGGUCCAGUCAUUCCAGGCUAUGAUAUCCACUCUGGAGGAACAGGUCCGCUCCCAGGCUCUGCGGAUAGAGGAAGCUUACGAGGAGUCUUCCCAACACAAGGCCACCUCCACUCAGAUGAGAUUGCUAGCUGAGCAGGCAGAGACAUCACUAGGGGAUCACCAACGAAGGUUGAACCAACGUUCAGGGGAGUUACAAGCAGCUGACGAGAGAAAUGCCCGACAGGAGGAGCGUAUCACCGAUUUGACAAUAACCAACAACGCCUUACACGAUGAGGUGAGGCAGCUUCGCGGGACCAUCAGCUCACUAGACAGAGAGAAGGACACCCUCCAGAAUGCAGUCGAUGACAAGACGGAGAAGAUUGCUGCCUUGGAGCAGGAGCUGCUUGGGAGAGGACGGACGCUGAGUGACACCAGGGCAACACUGGAGGAUCUCCAAGACAGACUGGAGCGUGCCAAUGACGAACUGGGAACUAAAGAUCGUGAGGUGCGCAGCCUACGCAGGCAGCUAGAUUCAUCACGCGAUGAGUUGACGGAGACAGUGCGAGGCCGAGAUGCUACCAUGAGAGAAAACAGGAGGCUGCAAGAAGACUUGGCAACAAUGACAAGAGAAAACCAGGCAGUCAAUAUCGAGCUGGAGGAGGCAAUAGAGGAGAGAGAAUCUCUCAAGGAGCAAGUUCAGGAGUACAUCGCUGAGGUUGCUAGGAUCGAGGACUUGCUGGCUGCCAAGGAGCGUGAAAACAGGGACCUGCUAGAGAACUACCGCUCUGCCACCUCAGAGGCUCAGCGCUGGGAGACAGAGGCCUCACAGCGCUCCGGGGAGACGUCGACCUUCAAGGUGGAACUGAUGACCAAAGAUGCCGAAAUGAAGAGACUCAGGGACAAGAUCACCCUCCAGGAGAGAGACAUCCAACAGCACAUAUCAGCAGUCCAAGCCUACGAGCUGCAGGUGUCUAGCCUGACAAGGUCCAUCGCUAACUUGGAGGACAGCGUCAGACAGCUGCAGGACGAGAAGGAGUCGCUCGUCCAGGACCUCUCAGCCGUCAGGGAUCUGUGCGUUAAGCUGGAGAACACAAAAGAGGCAAUGUCACGACAGCUGACCACCAGAAACAUUGACACAGAGCAGCUUGAGUCCACAGUAGAAGACCAGAGGCACGAGAUUGAGAUGUUACGCAACCAGGUGGUGACAGAGAGGGCCUCCGUGCGUAAUCUGGAGACUCUCCUCUCCAACAACAGAGAGAAGGAAUUCCAAGCUCAGCUGGACAGCCAGGAGCAGCGAUCUGAGCUGCAGCUGGUCAAAGACAGGCUGGCGUUAGCCGACAGCAAAGUUCAGAGCCAGAGCAGGGAGAUCCAGACAUUGAGAUCCAGGGCAGCCCAGCUGGAAGCAGACCUGGAGAAAGUCCGACGGCAGCUCACCAGUGAGCGAUUCGAUAAGGAACGAAUUUCACAGGAGCUUCGUCGAUCCACUCUCUCCCCAUCCACCGUUGAGAACGCCAGCUACACCCGCACCUCCCUGACUAAUCACACUACCUCAAGGAGGUCCACCAGUCCGCCCCGGUCAUCAUCUCCAACCCUCAGGUCGCUCUCGCCCAGCAAGUCGGGUCGGAGGUCGCCUGACAGGUCGAUCCUGAAGUCCUCGCCGGCCUAUCGCUCGUCCUCGCCCGAGAGAAGGUGAGGAACGGAAAGAGAUCUAAAAGACAGCAACUUAAAUCAUUGUGUAUGCUACAGGAUCAACUGCGCAGGAAACUGAACGAGUGCCACUGCCGACUUCUGGCGGGACUGCAGGCCGCCUCCCCGGGACCUUAUGAGCCCUGCAGAAUCACCUGUCGCUGGUGCAUACAGGAGGAUAUAGAGAGAGCUAGGCAGCUACGGACUGACGAGUGUUGAAGGGAAAGGCAGGUGGUCGGAAGAACGCAGCCAGCAGCCUCCUGACUGGGUAAGCUUCAAGAGGACACACAGUGAAAUUUACAAACUAGGCAAUGGCAGCUGGGAUACAUACAAGGGGAUUUCAAGAAGUCUGUAGACUCCUUUGGUGAGGUACGGAGCUACAGAGGUUACAGAAUAGGUUUAGGUCUUGAAAUUCUGAGCCGAAGAACUAGAGAUUGCACCUGGGAAAAAAACACAUAGUUUGAAGUCUGAGACUUAGUAAUUUUCAAUUGGAAUGGGACAUGGAGUGAAAUGCUUGCUCUGGAAUGCCCAUAAUGCAUGUACUUGCCAAAAGAAGCAGAUGUCGGUACAAAUCUUUUCCAAUUUUAAGAAAUAUAUUCAUAUUGUGGAAGAGGAAUGCCAUUGAAAGACCAAUCUCAGGUUAAUAUCAGUUACUUUUGAAAUGAAACACAUCAGACCUUCCCGUAAGUCUCAACUCCCACGGUACCAUGCUGUAUUUCACAAAGAAAAAAAACAUGACCAGCUUUGUUGCAAAGAGUCACUUUGAGUGCAGAGGCCAAGUUUACACUUGGCAGGCCUGCUCCUCUCAUAAGCUCCAGAUACAUUGUGUGCUCAAGUUUUCAGGUGUAAUUCCCUAAGGUCCACAACCACAUGUCCAUCUGAUACACUUGUUAAGUCUUUGAACGGUAAUUUUUCUCUUGCAAGCAGCUGGCUUUCUGAUAUGCAUACAUGCAGUGUACCCUGAAUGUACACGUCUCCUAUUCCAUGCUUCCUGCCUAUUGCUCAGGGAAUGUGGAAGAAAUAGAUGUGAGUUGUAGCAGUGUAACCCGAUCAUGAAGGGGAGGGGAGUGUAAAGUGAAAGAAAAGCAAAAGAUACAAAUUCAUCAUUAGAAUCCUAAGACAGCGCCCCCAAACAAAACAAGAAAUGUGUAAAUACCUUUUCUAGAACAUCGGCACUUUCAAUUCCUAGAAACAAAACAAGACAAACAAAAUGUCAACAACAUGUCUGUAGGCAAAACCCUCCCCCCUCCACAGAGUAAGUUACUGGUGAGCAGCUGCUGUGGCAUCCAUCCACUCAAGGGCUUUAGGAAGUCUUGAUGGCUUCAUCUUAUCUUGCAUUGGAGGUUGUGACUUAGUGGCAUGUCAGAAUGUUUGAUCAUUUCUAACAAGUUGGUCAGUUGGAGUCAAGUUAUCUGUAAAGAGGUAAACAUGUCACAGCCUUGCACAUUUUUUUAAAUUAUCUUUGAGAAGUGGGUGUUUAUCAUAUUUCUUCAUAGUCAACAGGGGAGCUUGAAAAUUCGGCAUUUGAGCUAAAUUCACCCCAAAUCCUUCUAAAUAGAGUUCGUUGAAAAUUGUAAUGGGUACUACGUGUAUUUGCCACUCUCUGUGUGUGCCUUUUCUAUUGUACAAGUUUUUUUUUUUAAAGAAAGAUGUAAAUUUCCACAUUUUUUAACAAAAAUGAAAUUUUCAAUGACUUUGGCUGAGCCAGUCCCAAAUGUUUCAAUCUUCCCGAAUGAACCUUAGAAUUUGGCUUCAUUAGUUUUCAUUCCUACCUCAGUUUGUGCGUAUUUCAUAAUGCUGUUUUAGCCUUUUUGUGUGCAAAAUAGGAAAUAAAUUUGCCGACAGUUUCAUUGUUCUGUGGAAUUUUCUCACCUGUCAAUUUUGUCCAUUGUAAAUUUAAUUCUUAUGCGCUAAUGUAAUGUAAAUGAAUUUAACAGCACCGGCAAAGACACACUGAUAUGUCGUGCCUUUCUUUUUAGUCGUGUCAACAUUGUCCAUUUUGAUUGACAGUAAUUAAUUUGGUGUUUGUGAAUUGUCUUUGAAAGGUUGUGCAAAAAAAGUUCAUAAAUGUUGUUUUGUACCCUGGUUUUAAUUGUAACAGUCACUGGAAAACGAAGAAACUUUAAGGAAACUUCACGACUUGCCAUUUUAUAUUUAUGUAUAUAGUUACCUGUCUGUAGAGAUUUAUUUAUUUAGUUACAUAUGUAGAUUGUGCACCGUCCGCCAUCACAUGUAUUGAUUAAUGUGGUUAUGAAUGUCGAAGACAUGUGGCAUUGAUGACAUUCCUGAAGGUGAUGUCAAGCCACCCAGCAGGCAUCUGAAACUAAUAAGACGUCUGUUUUUAAUUUAUUGAUUUCAAUGCACAUUUGAAGUGCAUAGAGCCCAGAGACACACGUAGAAUACAGCUGAGUAUGGUUUGAACACAUUGUGCCUCAUAAGCUGUUGUGGUAUUAUCCAGAUCGCCUUUCUUGAAUCAAUUUUUCCAAGCUGAGUGAAAUACACAGAUAAGAAAAAGCAGUGAGAAUGUGUGAUUUGAGAGAGGGAAAAUGUUCCCGUCAUGCCAUGGGCAGAGAUCCGUUGUGACCUGGGGGGAUUACCAAUACAUGUGCAUGUUUAAUCACCCUUCCCCUAAUUGAGGUGGGACCUUGGAUCCUGCCUCCAUGUCAUGCUUCGCACAAGGAUGACCUUUCAUCAUCCCCCACACGUGACAAGAAAUCUCCGCCCAUGCGUCAUGGGAAUGCUUUAAAAAUGCAUCUGUAUUAUGGAUAUUAUGUUUUGUGUAUGUAGAUAGACAUUUCCAAGUGUUCAAACCAUUAGCCUAAACUGUUCAAACAAAUACAUGCUGAAUUGGUUUCUUUGCUCAAACAUUCCAUGCUCGAUAAUGCAUACAGGUACAGCAGCUGUGAUUAUCCAAUGCACGAAUGAAUUACAGAUGAUGAAUGAUGAAUGCGGUAUAUACUCGGAGCCAGUGAAAGAUUUCUUUGAAUCACCCCAUCCUUAUAUGGAAAGCUCACAGUUAAGGAGCUCAGGGAUUGGGCUGUUUGCAACAGGGAUGGAAGGUGUCAGCCCAUCGGGGAAAGAAUGUUGCUGUGAAUGCUGUUUGUUAUUGUUGUCGUCUGUGCUUGUUUCUCUCUUAGUCUGAGCGUGGAGGAAGGACACAGGAGUUGUUACAAACUCUGACACAUCAAUUGCUCGAUGAUCAUCGCCGCCCAGUCAGACGAACUAUAGUAAACAUUUCAAACAUUCCUGAUUACUGCCUGCAGCUCAGCCAGACAAGUGGGGCCAGUUAUAUCGUAGGAAUAUUUGUAAUGUUUUCUUUGCAAUUAACUAAAACUUAUCGCAGUGACCAGUCAAUAGAACGAAUAAAUAUGUAACAUUAGAUUUA